AUGGCCACCGAAACGACGACAUACAACGUCUACCGAGUCUAUUUUAGACAAAGCGACAAGCCCGAUCAUCAAGGCAUUGCUCUUGUUCCUGCACAGAAUGUGGAUCAAGGACGCGGCAGAUUUUAUCAUGUCACUGGAGAUCUGGGCCUGGGCAUGGAUUACGACCCGCGGCCCGGAUACAAUUUCCGGGGAACGAAAAGCUACAAGAGCUCUACGUUGCAAUUUCAGAUCCCGAAAGGAAAACUUCCCGCAUUCGAAGCAAUCGCUGCAAAACAGAAGGUUCCUCACGACCCGCGUGUACUCACGGACAAAAAUCCUUCCCCGCCACCUCGAAAUUGCUCGGACUGGGUUGAUGACGUCCUGAAGGAGGCCAAAAGAGAACUGGUUGGAUAA